AUGCGUCGAUUCUCCUCCGCGCGGUUACCGCUGGUUCUGAACUCAGCAAGGCCACCGCUUUCCUCCCCCUCUACAAAGCCCCUCCUUCUCCUCUCUAGAUCGUCCUCCCUCGUCUCCUCCCCAUCAACUUCCGUCAAUCGAAUCGCUCCCCGUCGCUUUCCCCUUUCCCAAGUUGCCAAACGCUACUGCUCCUACCGAAGGAUGUGCAUGUCCCGUCGCGCUGACGUGCCUUCGGGCUCGACCAACGUCACCCAUGGUCGUGAGGUCUUGCCUACCAACGUCAAGCCGGUGCACUAUGACCUUACUCUUGAACCCAAUUUUGAGAAGUUCACAUAUGACGGAACCGUGAUUAUUGAUCUCGAUGUUGCCGAAGAUACGACCUCCAUAUCCCUCAACACCAAUGAGAUUGAUAUUCAGAACGCCGUCAUCUCGUCUCAGGGCUCCGUUGUCACAUCAAGCCCCGAUGUCUCAAUCAACAAGGACAACCAGAUGGCUACCAUCAAGUUCGCCGAAACCAUCCCGGCCGGAUCCUCAGCUCAGUUGAAGCUCACCUUCACUGGCAUCCUCAACGACAAUAUGGCUGGCUUCUACCGUUCGUCGUAUAAGCUGGCCAAUGGGGAGACCAAGUACAUCGCCUCAACCCAGAUGGAACCUACCGAUGCGCGCAGGGCUUUCCCUUGUUUCGACGAGCCCGCACUCAAGGCCAAGUUCACGAUCACCUUGAUCGUUGAUAAGAGCAUGACUUGCCUAAGCAACAUGGACGUCGCUUCCGAAACCGAAGUUCAGGGAGGUGCCAAGAAGGCCGUCAAGUUCAACACCACUCCCCUGAUGUCCACAUACCUCGUUGCUUUCAUCGUCGGCCAUCUGAAGUAUAUCGAGACCAAGGAUUUCCGUGUCCCUGUCCGUGUCUAUGCAACUCCAGAUCAGGACAUCGAGCAUGGCCGCUUCUCACUGGAUCUUGCUGCCAGAACUUUGGCAUUCUACGAAAAGGCUUUUGAUAGCGAGUUCCCGCUGCCCAAAAUGGACAUGGUAGCUGUGCCCGAUUUCAGUGCUGGAGCUAUGGAAAAUUGGGGUCUGGUCACCUACCGUAUUGUUGAUCUCUUGUUGGACGAGAAGGCUAGCGGUGCCUCUCGGAAGGAGCGCAUUGCUGAGACCGUUCAGCAUGAGCUGGCACACCAAUGGUUCGGAAACCUGGUUACCAUGGAUUUCUGGGACGGCUUGUGGCUCAAUGAGGGAUUUGCUACAUGGAUGUCGUGGUACUCUUGCAACGCGUUCUACCCUGAGUGGAAGGUCUGGCAGACUUAUGUCAUCGACAGUUUGCAGAGCGCGCUUUCUCUGGACUCUCUGCGCAGCAGUCACCCCAUUGAGGUGCCUGUAAAACGGGCAGAUGAGAUUAAUCAGAUUUUCGACGCCAUCUCCUACUCGAAGGGCUCUUCCGUCCUCCGCAUGAUUUCCAAAUACCUUGGAGAAGAUGUGUUCCUCCAGGGUGUACGUAACUACAUUAAGAAGCACGCAUAUGGCAACACACAGACUGGUGACUUGUGGUCGGCCCUUGCCGACGCCAGUGGAAAGCCGGUGGAGAACGUGAUGGACAUCUGGACCAAGAAUGUUGGAUUCCCCGUCGUCUCUGUGACGGAAAACCCUAGCGCUUCCUCCAUCAAGCUGAAGCAAAAUCGUUUCCUGCGUACGGGCGAUGUGCGUCCCGAAGAAGACACAACACUGUACCCUGUCAUGUUGGCAUUGCGUACCAAGCAGGGCGUCGAUGAGGACACGAUGCUCACUGAACGUGAGGGUGAAUUCAAGGUUCCCGACCUUGACUUUUACAAGCUGAACGCUGAUCAUUCCGCCAUUUAUCGCACUUCUUACACACCCGAGCGGCUCAGCAAGCUGGGAGAAGCAGCCAAGAAGGGACUUUUGACCGUUGAGGAUCGUGCAGGUAUGAUUGCAGAUGCCGGUGCUCUGGCUUCGUCUGGUUAUCAGAGCACUUCUGGUCUGCUGUCCCUCCUGAAGGGCUUCGAUAGUGAAGCUGAGUUCGUCGUCUGGAACGAGAUCCUGACCCGUGUCGGUACCCUGAGAGCCGCCUGGAUAUUUGAGGACAGCCAGACAAAGGAUGCUCUCAAGGCCUUCCAGCGCUCUAUUGUCAGCAGCAAGGCACGCGAGCUUGGCUGGGAGUUCUCUGACAAGGACGGCCAUAUCCUGCAACAGUUCAAGGCUCUCAUGUUCGGUAGCGCAGGAAUGGCCGAAGAUCCUGUUGUCGUCAAGGCCGCCCAGGACAUGUUCCAGCGAUUUGCUGCUGGUGACCUGAGUGCUAUCCACCCUAACAUCCGUGGUAGCGUCUUCUCCAUCGUCCUCAAACACGGCGGAGAGAAGGAAUACAAUAUCGUACUGGACCGUUUCCGCAACGCUCCCACCUCGGACGAGAAGACAACCGCGCUGCGCUGCCUUGGUUCCACCGAAGAUCCCGCUUUGAUUCAGCGUACUCUGGACCUGGCCAGCAGUGACGAGGUCAAGAACCAGGAUAUCUACAUGCCUCUCGGAGGACUCCGUGGCUCGACUGCGGCCAUUGAAGCCCGUUGGAACUGGAUGAAGAAGGACUGGGAUGCUCUUUACAAGCGUCUGCCCCCUGGACUUGGUAUGCUGGGCACAGUUGUCCAGCUCUGCACUGCCAGCUUCUGCACCGAGGAGCAGUUGAAGGAUGUGCAGGCAUUCUUUGAGCACAAGGAUACCAAGGGCUAUGAUCGUGCUGUUGAGCAGAGUCUGGAUGCUAUCCGGGCCAAGGUCCAAUGGCUGAAGCGUGACCGCGCUGACGUUGAGUCUUGGCUGAAGUCGAACGGCUACCUCCGGGAUGGGAAGUUGUAA